CCUUAAAAGUCAAUUAUUCGCGAAGAGCUUACUAAUAAUUUUGGAAUUGUACUAUACUUCUUUCCUCAUUCAGACUUUUCUUCUCGCUUCAAUCAAAAUCUAGGUCGGAUUUGCUGAUCUCUCCUCUCAAUUCCUCGCUUUUCCCUAUUUCAUUUAUGUAAUGGUUUGGUUUGAGAUCUUGAUAGGAGAUCAAAAGGCGUGAUGUUGGGUGUUUUAAGGCGUAAAGCCGCUUCUGGCGCCUCAUCUGCUUCGGUGUACGGGAAAUCACUGUAUAAGCUCAAGCCUGCAGUGCCUACACCACGACCAUGCUCUGCUGCGGCAGAAGAGAUGAUACAUUACACCAGGGGAUUUGGUGGUGCUCGUACUUUCUGCCACCUCCCUUUUGCUGGACGCAUGAUAACUUUGAUGCCAAAGAGGGAAGUUGUAGGCAUUCUUCAGCAAGAUGUCAACAUGCAAAUUUGGAGCAGGUCAUUCAGUUCUAGCACUGAAGGUGAUGUUGUUGAAGCUGUUGUUCCUUUUAUGGGCGAAUCCAUUAGUGAUGGCACAUUAGCCACAUUCUUGAAAAAACCUGGGGAUCGAGUAGAAGUUGAUGAGCCAAUUGCUCAGGUUGAAACAGACAAGGUCACUAUUGAUGUCAAUAGUCCUGAAGCAGGAGUGAUCCAGAAGUUUAUAGCUAAGGAAGGAGAUACUGUGGAACCUGGCACCAAGGUCGCUAUCAUAUCAAGAUCUGGUGAAGGUGCAACUCAUGUUGCACCUUCUGAUGAUUGAAGGAUUCUCAGAACACAUUUGCAUUAUUGACAACAUUUAAUGAAGUUGAUAUGACUAAUUUGAUGAAACUUCGAUCUGAUUACAAGGAUGCAUUUUUUGAAAAACACGGAGUGAAGCUGGGACUAAUGUCUGGAUUUGUGAAAGCAGCUAUCAGUGCUUUGCAGAGGCAGCCAAUAGUGAAUGCUGUUAUUGAUGGCGAUGACAUUAUUUACAGAGACUACGUCGAUAUUAGCAUAGCUGUUGGUACCCCCAAGGGCCUUGUUGUCCCAGUUCUGCGCAAUGCUGAACGUAUGAAUUUCGCUGAGGUUGAAAAGGAAAUUAACACUCUUGCCAAGAAGGCCAAUGACGGCACUAUUUCAAUUGAUGAGAUGGCUGGGGGAACGUUUACUAUAUCGAAUGGUGGUGUAUAUGGAAGUCUUCUAAGUACUCCCAUCAUCAAUCCUCCUCAGUCUGCAAUCUUGGGGAUGCACUCAAUAGUAAACCGUCCUAUGGUUGUUGGAGGUGAAAUACUUCCACGACCAAUGAUGUACAUUGCGCUGACAUAUGACCAUAGGCUGAUUGACGGGAGAGAGGCAGUGUUUUUUCUGAGAAGAAUCAAAGAUGUGGUGGAAGAUCCUCGUAGAUUGCUGUUGGAUGUAUGAAAAUGCUGCAGUUGGUGGUGCUUGCAUUUGCAUUGCUAAUAAUAUACCUGAGUUGGUGGUCAGAACAGUUUUGUACUACUUAAUUUUUGCUUCACCGUUGGACUCAAGUAGUCUUUCCUCGCGGCCUGCAAUGUCCAAAUUUGAGAUGAGAUCACAUCUAAACACAAAUACACAUGCUUCUCCUUUUCAUUUUACAGACCUGUUCAUGUAUUUUCACAUGGCAACAGUUCUUGGUGUCACUGAGAAGUGCCUGAAUUAUUGUCGAGAGAAACGUUUAAUUGUGUAGUUUCUAGUAUCAUGUUGCUUGUAUGAUUUUAUCAUAUGAUCCCAGGAAAGGGUUGUACAAAUAAAAUGUUCUGCAUGGUGAUUAAACCAUUCUUGGUCUUCCGUACUAAAUUA